CAGAUAAGGCACCGGGUGAGUGUAAUUACCACCCUUAACCCCUUCCUGCCGGCGCCUCCCGGCCCUUUAAGAGUUUCAGAAGCUGGGAGGCGUGGCGGACGUGGCGUGGUUUAGGGAUCAUGUGACCGCCAACAGGGGCGGACUGACAACUCAAGGGGCCCCCGGGCAAUAGGGGAUCAUGGGGCCCCUGUGUCCUUGCCAAAACUCAAAAGCCUAUGAAAAAGGUACCAGGGGCAUCUCAUGGGGCCCC